CUUGCCGUCUACUUUCAAUCAAAAUCCCUGGAAAUCUGUCUCUCAAACUUCAAGAGAGAAAAAGUGAGAAACCAAAAAAUGGCGAAGAAGGUAAAGUCAACAGGCUUUCUCGCGAUCUGCGCAAUCUUCAUCAUUACGGCGGUGCUCUCGUCGCCGGCCGCCGUCACAGCAUCCGCGGGAGCCUAUGAGAUCGGUUACUUUCCGAUGGCAAUGCCGUCGGCUUCAUCGAAGAUCUGCGACGGCUCGGUUGGGGAGUGCUUGAGCGAUGACGAGUUCGAGCUGGACUCCGAAAGCAACCGGCGCAUUUUAGCGUACCGACAGCGCUACAUCAGCUACGGCGCUCUGAGCCGUAACAGAGUUCCCUGUUCCCGACGAGGUGCUUCCUACUACAACUGCCGGCCUGGAGCUCCGGCCAAUCCCUACCGACGCGGAUGCAGUGCAAUCACUCGCUGCCGUGGUUGAGUUUAAUUUCCAUAUUUUUUUUUUCCGUCCGUUAUCAUCAUCAUCAUUAUCAUUAUUACUAUUAUUAUAUAUAUAUCCUCUUUGUGAAAUUAGUGUAUUUUGGAUUUGUGAUUUUCCUUCCACGGGGGAUGAUUUGUAUAAAUGGAGAUUAUUAAUUUAUAUCCAAUGCUAGUAUGCUACUAGUCCUAGUACUAUCAAUUGUGAUGACGAGCGCUGAACUAAUAUCCUGUCACAAAAUUAAAUAAUUUCACGUUCUGAGUA